AUGUCUUGAUCAGAUGUAUUGCGUGAUAAGUGCUCAGACAGUUUAAUUUUUUGCUUUGAUCGUAUAUUGUUCCCUCGAGGUGUCUCUAAAUUUCUACCUAACUACGUAUUUUUACCGUGUUUUAACUAUCAAUUGUUGCGUGUGAUUGCAAAUUGCCGUAAAUUACUCAUCUCAAAAUUAUAUAUCCGUGUAAAAACUCUGCAACCUUAAGUGAACGAGCCAACCUCUAAAUUUGUGUAAUCCAAAAAAGACCAUAAAAAUCUCUGUUUUAUUCGUUUCAAUCCAAGUUCAAUAUACUCAUCAAUUGCAAUGAUGAAUGGACUCAUUCCUAAGGGACUAUUAGAUAUCUAGAACUUCAAAUGGCCUGACCAAUGUUAUCAAUUAUGCAGAACUUUCUAGAGGCUUUUUCUGAUUAGCCCGCAAGACCACCUUGUCACUUUUUAUCUUUUGUUUCGGUUUUCUUCCUCGUCAGUUUAUUCUCUGCAGUAAUUCAUCAAUGGCGGAAAAACUCAAUAACAAAGGAUCCGAAACGAGUGUCACGGUGUUGGAUGAGCCUGGCAGAUCUCAACAGGAUGUUCCUCCGUCAAUACCUGCGGUGCGAUUGAAGCUGAAGAAACCAAAAAGUCAGAAGUCAGUCAAAUGGGGAGAAGACACUGUUGAUAAUGAAAAUAUGAACAAGAAAAAGUCCAAGUGUUGCUGCAUCUACAAAAAACCUAAACAAAAUUUUGAUGACAGCUCAUCAGAAGAGUCAGAUGACUGUGAAAAUUGCUUUGGUCAUGUCGAGCUUAAAAAGCUACAGAAACAGACCGCUAACUAAAUUGUCAGACAACUUUGAAUAACAUGCAUCAUCUAAUCUUACUUUAAUCAUACAUUGUCUGUAAACAAAUCCUGAAACUAUUUGCAUGUAAUGAUAUACA